AUGGGUCCGCAAAUCAUCCAGCACCCUCUUACCCGUGCAGAUGGCUCAACGGCAUUCUCGAGCGAACUCUACACUGUACUUGCCGGCGUCAAUGGCCCUGUGGAAGUGCAACGUCGAGACGAGCUUCCAGAAGAAGCAGCCAUCGAAGUGAACCUGCGGCCGGCCUCGGGAGUGGGAGGACCAAGAGAGCGCUGGUUGGAAAACGUGUUGCAGUCUGCGCUGAAAAGCAUUCUACUUGUACACAUGCACCCCCGGACGCUCAUUCAAGUUACGCUUCAGAUCACCAAAGAGCCGGCGGUGAAGUUUCAAAGAACGACUUCCGACAUUGCCAUGCUACCGACUCUCCUCAAUGCCGCAUUCAGCGCUCUCGUUGAUGGUGCUCUUCCACUGGCAUCCACCAUCAGUACGUUUCUCGCUGUUGUUGCAGAAGAUGGCACCGUCGUCUUGAGCCCUCAAGAAGAGCAGAUCAUCGGAAGCAAGAGCAUUCACGCGAUGGCGUUUGAUCACCAUGGUGCCCAGAUAUUGGAUGAGUCAUCGGGCGAGUUCACCACGGGCAUAUGGGGAACAGUCUUUGAGACCACGAAACAAGCCUGUGCUGCGGCCAUUUCACGGACGGGCGACGAAGCAAUGUCUAAUGCGGAUGUGGAGGAAGUAACAUGGCUGCGGCAGAAAUUGGAGCAAGAGGCAAGGCUUGCAGAUGCGUGGCGGGAGUCGACAUGA